AUGACUGAAGCAUAUGUUCCAUUACCUCAAGCUGCCGGUUAUGCAGUAGUGGUAGGAUUGGGAGUUGUAUUCGCUGCUGGUAUGAUAUUGACUACUUUUGUUUUAAGAAGGUAUAAUAAAGAAAUUAUUACUGCUGAAGAGUUUGCUACAGCAGGAAGAUCAGUUAAAAAGUCAUUGAUUUCUGCUGCAGUGGUAAGCUCGUGGACAUGGGCUGCGACUCUUUUAACUUCUACUACACAAACAUAUAAUAAUGGUAUUAGUGGUUCGUUCUACUAUGCUGCCGGAGCUACAUGCCAGAUUGUUUUGUUUUCAUGUCUUGCUAUCAAGGCAAAAGAAAGAGCACCAGGAGCACACACAUAUCUUGAAAUUGUUAAAGCCAGAUACGGUAGUGGUGCGCAUGGAGUUAUGUUGUUCUUUGGGCUUGCCACAAAUAUUCUAGUCACUGCCAUGUUGUUAAGUGGAGGUAGUGCUGUUGUAAGUGAUUUAACAGGAAUGAAUACAGUUGCUGCAUGUUUAUUAUUGCCGUUAGGUGUGGUGGUAUAUACCUUAUUCGGUGGUAUCAAGGCAACAUUUUUGACAGAUUAUGCACAUACCGUUGUCAUCAUAGUAAUUAUUAUGGUAUUUUCAUUCAGCGCAUUUGCUACUUCCGAUAGAUUGGGAUCACCUGCAGUUGUUUGGGAAGCUGUAACUAAAUUGGCUGAAACUCAACCAAGAGAAGGUAAUGCUGGUGGCUCCUAUUUAACUAUGCAUUCAAGAUCUGGAGGAAUCUUUUUUGUGAUUAAUAUUGUCGGAAACUUUGGUACUGUCUUUUUAGACAACGGUUAUUUCAAUAAAGCUUUUGCAGCUGACCCUGCUGCAACUUUGCCAGGGUAUGUUUUGGGAGGGUUAGCUUGGUUUGCGAUUCCAAUGUUAACUUCAACAUGUAUGGGCCUUGUGGGAUUAUCGUUAGAGAAUACCCAAUAUUGGCCUACCUACCCUAAUAAGUUAACUGCUGAACAAGUAAGUGCCGGGUUGGUAUUACCAAACGCUGCAGUUGCGUUAUUAGGAAAAGGAGGAGCAGUUUGCUCAUUGUUGUUGGUGUUUAUGGCUGUAACUUCGGCAAUGUCAGCAGAGUUAAUUGCAGUUUCCACGAUCUUCACUUAUGAUAUUUUCAGAACAUAUGUGGAUCCAAAAGCGAGUGGUAAAAAGUUGAUCUUUAUGUCCCACAUGUCUGUGAUAGCAUUUGCUUAUAUCAUGGCAGGUUUUGCAAUUGGUUUAUACUAUGCUGGGAUUUCUAUGGGAUAUUUAUAUGAGUUGAUGGGUAUAAUUAUCGGGGGAGCAGUGCUUCCAUCCACUCUUACUUUACUCUCCAGAAAACAAAACAAGCAAGCUGUGAUAUUCACACCAAUCUUAGCUACUGGGUUUGCCAUUUUCUCUUGGUUACUCUGUACUAAAAUGAAGUUCAAAACCGUUACUGUCGACACUACCUUUGAAGAUGAUUCUAUGUUGACAGGAAAUGUGGUUGCAUUAUUAUCCCCAUUGAUCUUUAUUCCUAUCUUUACUUUCGCUUUUAAACCACAGAACUUCGACUGGAAAAUUUUAAAAGGAAUCAAAAGGGUUGAUGAAGAAGAAGAAAUUGCAGAAGCUACCGAAAGGAAGGGUGCAAACAAUGGUGAUUUUGAAAAUGUCCAUCCUGCAAGAUCCCAAAUCAGUAUUGUUGCAAGCGAACUUGCAGAAUUGAAAACAGACCAAUUAGAACUUGAAUCUAAAAUGCUCAAUAGAUCAUUCAAAAAGGCAGCCAUCAUCUGUGUUUCCUUAACUUUAUCUCUUGUCAUCUUAUGGCCAAUGCCAAUGUACGGUACAUCAUACAUCUUUUCCAAAAAAUUCUUUACUGGUUGGAUUGUGGUGCUUAUGAUCUGGAUCUUCUUUUCUGCAUUCUUGGUUGUUAUAUGUCCAUUGUGGGAAGGAAGAGAAGGCUUAUUUAUAACUAUGAGAGGUAUUUAUUGGGAUUGCACUGGCCAAACGUACAAGUUAAGAGAAUGGCAAAAUUCUAAUCCUGAAAAAUUACAUUCUGUCAAUUCACAAAUCAGUGCACAACUCCUCAACUUCAACCAAAUUCAUGUUGUCGAUGGUAAAACUCUCGAUGACGGCUACAGAACUCCUAGACAAAUUGACAACAUUAUAGAUGACCCCAAAAAGGAAUAA